AUGUCCGAAACCACCGAAAUUGCCUUCGUGUCCUUCCAACCGGGCGUCAGUGUCGAAGAUGUUUCGAGCCCCGCCGGCCGCAUCUGGCAAGACAUGUUCAACAACACGCUCGACAUCCAGGGCAGCCGGAGCGCAUACUGGGGACGAGUUGUGGAGAACCCCAGCGCCGCCAUUCUUCUAGUCAACUGGGACUCCCUCUCCUCGCACACCUCGUUCCAAAACACGCCCGAAUAUGCGCCUCAGAUCCGCGCAGUGACCUCGCUGCUAUCCUCCUCUCCACUUCUCUACCACAUCACACUCGACCAAAAGGCGCUGUCGCGAGCAUUGAGCAAGACAAACAGCUUCGUGACGGAGAUUGCAACAUGGUAUUUCCCUCCGACAAUCACGGAGACACAACAGUCCGAAUUUGAAAAGCACGUUGCGGAUCUUUGCGUUGAGGCGGCGAAGAUUGACGGAUUCGUGCCCGGCGGGACGGCAAGCGGCUGGGGGCUUGAGGAGAUCAAGAACCCCAAGACACCAGAGGGCGAAGAAGCGCAGGAUGUCAAGAGUUAUACGCUCUUCUGUGCGUGGGAGAAUGUGGAUGCGCAUAUGAGGUUCCGCGACACCGAAGGGUUUAAGCGCACGAUUGCGCCGCUGAGAGAGAAGAGCGCGGCGGUGGAGAUGCGGCAUGUGGCGUUUGGUGAGGCGCUGAGGCAGGGCGCAGAGGGACGACCGUUGGGAUCUUGA